GGAGACGGCCGUCGACGGAGGCGCCAUUUUGUGCGGCGGCCGUACCCUGUUGGAAUCCCUUGGCACAAAACCGCUACUGCUGCUACUUCCGUCCUUCCUGGGGGAAAAACAAAAUUUGAACCUUUUGGAGCAGUGUGCUAGAUCUUCAGCAGGACAAUGGGUUCAGACAAACGAGUGAGUAGAACAGAACGCAGUGGAAGAUACGGGUCCAUCAUAGACAGGGAUGAUCGUGAUGAGCGUGAAUCCAGAAGCAGGAGGAGGGACUCAGAUUACAAAAGAUCUAGUGAUGAUCGGAGGGGUGAUAGAUAUGAUGACUACCGAGACUAUGACAGUCCAGAGAGAGAACGUGAAAGAAGGAACAGUGACCGAUCCGAAGAUGGCUACCAUUCAGAUGGUGACUAUGGCGAGCAUGACUAUAGGCAUGACAUCAGUGAUGAGAGGGAGAGCAAGACCAUCAUGCUUCGCGGCCUUCCCAUCACCAUCACGGAGAGCGAUAUUCGAGAAAUGAUGGAAUCCUUUGAAGGCCCUCAGCCUGCGGACGUGAGGCUAAUGAAGAGGAAAACAGGUGUAAGCCGUGGUUUCGCCUUCGUGGAGUUUUAUCACUUGCAAGAUGCUACCAGCUGGAUGGAAGCCAAUCAGAAAAAGCUGGUGAUUCAAGGAAAGCAUAUUGCAAUGCAUUAUAGCAAUCCCAGACCUAAGUUUGAAGAUUGGCUUUGUAACAAGUGCUGCCUUAACAAUUUCAGGAAAAGACUAAAAUGCUUCCGAUGUGGAGCAGACAAGUUUGACUCUGAACAGGAAGUGCCCCCUGGAACCACAGAAUCAGUUCAGUCUGUGGAUUACUACUGUGAUACAAUCAUACUUCGAAACAUAGCUCCACAUACCGUGGUGGAUUCCAUCAUGACAGCGCUGUCUCCCUACGCGUCCUUAGCUGUCAAUAACAUUCGCCUCAUAAAAGACAAACAGACCCAGCAGAACAGAGGCUUCGCGUUUGUGCAGCUGUCUUCUGCAAUGGAUGCUUCUCAGCUGCUUCAGAUACUACAGAGUCUCCAUCCUCCUUUGAAAAUUGAUGGCAAAACUAUUGGGGUUGAUUUUGCAAAAAGUGCCAGAAAAGACUUGGUCCUCCCAGAUGGUAACCGGGUCAGUGCUUUCUCCGUGGCUAGUACAGCCAUUGCUGCCGCUCAGUGGUCUUCCACCCAGUCUCAGAGUGGUGAAGGAGGCAAUGUUGACUACAGUUACCUGCAGCCAGGCCAAGAUGGCUACGCCCAGUAUGCUCAGUACUCACAGGAUUACCAACAGUUUUAUCAGCAACAGGCUGGAGGAUUGGAAUCUGAUGCAUCAUCUGCAUCAGGCACAGCAGUGACCACCACCUCAGCAGCUGUAGUAUCUCAGAGUCCCCAGCUAUAUAAUCAGACGUCCAAUCCACCCGGCUCUCCGACUGAGGAAGCACAGCCUAGCACUAGCACAAGUACACAGGCCCCAGCCGCUUCCCCCACUGGUGUAGUUCCUGGUACCAAAUAUGCAGUGCCUGACACGUCCACUUACCAGUAUGAUGAAUCUUCAGGGUAUUACUAUGAUCCGACAACAGGGCUGUACUAUGACCCCAACUCGCAGUACUACUACAAUUCCUUAACCCAGCAGUACCUGUACUGGGAUGGAGAGAAGGAGACUUACAUGCUGGCUGCAGAGUCUAACUCCCACCAGCAGACGGGCCUACCUCCUGCAAAAGAGGGGAAGGAAAAGAAGGAGAAACCCAAGAGCAAAACAGCACAGCAGAUUGCCAAAGACAUGGAACGCUGGGCUAAGAGUUUAAACAAGCAGAAAGAAAAUUUUAAAAACAGCUUUCAACCUGUAAAUUCUUUGAGGGAAGAAGAAAGGAGAGAAUCUGCUGCAGCAGAUGCUGGCUUUGCUCUCUUUGAGAAGAAGGGAGCCUUAGCAGAAAGGCAGCAGCUCAUCCCCGAAUUGGUACGAAAUGGAGACGAGGAGAAUCCCCUCAAAAGGGGUCUGGUUGCUGCUUACAGUGGUGACAGUGACAAUGAAGAGGAGCUGGUGGAGAGACUUGAGAAUGAAGAAGAAAAGCUGGCCGACUGGAAGAAGAUGGCCUGCCUGCUCUGCCGGCGCCAGUUCCCAAACAGAGACGCCCUGGUCAGGCACCAGCAGCUCUCAGACCUACACAAGCAAAACAUGGACAUCUACCGACGAUCCAGGCUGAGCGAGCAGGAGCUGGAAGCCUUGGAGCUGAGGGAGAGAGAGAUGAAAUACCGGGAUCGAGCUGCAGAAAGACGGGAGAAGUACGGCAUUCCAGAACCUCCAGAACCUAAGCGCAAGAAGCAGUUUGAUGCUGGCACUGUGAAUUACGAGCAGCCCACCAAAGAUGGCAUUGACCACAGUAACAUUGGCAACAAGAUGCUGCAGGCCAUGGGUUGGCGGGAAGGCUCAGGUUUGGGAAGAAAGUGUCAAGGCAUCACAGCCCCCAUUGAGGCUCAAGUCCGGCUAAAAGGAGCUGGCCUAGGAGCCAAAGGCAGCGCAUACGGACUGUCUGGUGCAGAUUCCUACAAAGAUGCUGUCCGGAAGGCCAUGUUUGCCCGGUUCACUGAGAUGGAGUGAGACUCAGAGAGAGGAUGAGAGAGAGAGAGAGAGAGAGAGAUGACAAGGAGUGCUCCAUCUCUUGAAUUCACUCUGACCACCUUUCUCUUUAAGGGCAUGCCUUGUGCUGUUAAUAGUUUUUAGGGCAAACCACUUCAUUCUGCAAGGUUCUCCCACUUAAAGGAGUUCCCCUAGUAUGAGUUAUCUGGUGAAUGGCCUGCCUUCCUGCCAGAGGGCUUGUGAGCUGGCCAAGGGGACAGUGGGUCUUUUAUACUUCAGUGUACAUAGUGUAAUUGUAGUGUGUUUUACAUGUGUAGCCUAUGUUGUGGUCCAUCAGCCCCUUGCAUUCCUAGGGGGUGUUGAGAUGCCCUAGGGUGGUAUGUAACACCAAAGCUGCCUCUGUCAUUUGUUGUGCUGUCUUUUCUCGGCAAAAGCCUUGUGUAUAUUUGUAUAUUACACAUUUGUACAGAAUUUUGGAAGAUUUUCAGUCUAGUUGCCAAAUCUGGCUCCUUUACAAAAGAAAUACCUUGAAAAA